GUCUCUAUGGCUUUAGAGGUCCUGGUUCACACUGCUGUCUUGGUUUGGACUUGUGCUUGGGACAUUGAUGUGGAUGUACAAUGUUCUCAGGACUAGAUGAUGGCCAUUGUUAGCAUGGCUUCCCAGAACAGAAGCAAUCCGCAUGUUUUUGCUGAUGUAUUAUUUCUGGGACAGGGCUGCCCUGCAACUCGAAUACACACAUACAAAUAUGAUUUUAUAUACCCUGUUUUUCACUGUGGCAUCAGGAAAAAGGUUAUUUCAGAAGAAAUUGUCUGUUUUGAAACCAAGACAUACUUUUGUCCAAGGAAUCAUUGUUCAGAACUUCAGAUAAUCCGUGUUCAGUGUUCUGUAUCUCGGAAGUCAGUGUGGCUUAUGCCAGUGUCUACUGAGAACCCCCAACCCCCUGAGAGUCCCUUUAUGACUGACCUUGAAGCUAAACCAGAAGAGUUGGGGUUAUUAAAUGUUCACCAAGAUGCUUCCUCCCUGAAUAGGAGAUAG